AACUCUUGAGCAUCUAAUUUUUUUUGGCAAAAUCCUAAACCAACCCCGUCGGCGGAGGAAUGGAAAAGGCGCCAGUGACGCGACAGAAUUCCGAUGAAAUCGACAAGUUCCUUGACGGAGCGGCGAGCUUUGCCGAUAUGAUGUUUGGGUUCAUCGACGAAAGCAAUGAUUCCGAGGAAAAUUUAAGGGACUUUGUUGUCGAUGACGAGGAUGCUAACAAUGAUGAAGAUCCUAGUGAGAUCGAACAGAGGAAAAUUUUCUGGGAAGCCCAAGAAAAGCUUCUUCAGGCAACAUUGUACCGAACGACUUCUCUAGAAUCAAGAAUUCGACAAGCUACAAAAGAAGCAUUGAGGGAAAUAGAUGCAGUGGGAGUGCAAUGCACUUGCCGGAGACCGGAGGACGGAGGAUGCCGGAACUGUUUGCAAAGGGAACUAUCGAUUCGUCUCCAAAGCGUAGAUUUCAAUUGUUACAUAUGCAAGUCUAAGUGGAGGAGCUCCCCCGAGAUUCCGUCGGGGGAGCACACGUAUUUAGAAGUGGUAGACAAAUCAAAGGCCAAAAAGGGGGAGGUGAGGGUGGUGAUCGAGUUGAAUUUCAGGGCCGAAUUCGAAAUGGCGAGGGCAAGCGAAGAUUACAACAAGCUAAUCGCUGUGCUACCGGAACUAUUGGUGGGCAAAGCAGAGAGGUUCAAAGCACUGACCAAGAUAUUAUGCUUGGCAGCCAAAAAAUGCAUGAAAGAGAAAAAGAUGCACUUGGCUCCAUGGAGGAAGUACAAGUACAUGCAAGCCAAGUGGUUGGGAACAUACGAGAGAAGAACGCCAGCACCCUUGGCCGUCGGAUAUUCAGACCGGCAGCAAAAGCCCAAGGCUUCCAUGUUAACUUCUGAUCUGCGUGAGAAUUUGCCUGCCUUGCAUUACACUGCUGUUGAAGUCGUGUGGUGAAUGAUAGUGAGAAACAUGAUUUUUGAUGGCGGAAUAAAAAAAAACCAAAUUUAAGUUUUGAUGGGUGAGCUUGUUUUGUUUUAGCAAAAGUUGUCUACUGUAUAAUAUAUAAUUAAGAAGUCCAUUGUAAAUAUACCAACUUUUAAUAAGAUGCAAAUGUGGAACACUGUUUCAAUGUUGUA